CUCGACAUUGCGCACUAUGCAGCUCCUUCUCAGCGUCGCUGGUCUCGCUCUCGUUGGCGCCGCCAAGGUCUCGCAGGUCCACGUCGGUCUCUCGUCCGAGGCUGUCGACUGCAAGGACGGUGUGUCGGUCGCCUUUGCCAGUGAUUCGUCGACGCCGUUGACGGUCAAGUACGGUGUUGGCAACACGGGCAAGUCGGCGACGUCGGCCGUCCAUACCUACAAGAUCGAAGGCAGCAAGUACAAGUACAACUCGCCCAACCUCCACACGGCGAUGCUCUGCAACUUGACGCCGGACGCCACGUACACGUACGCGAUCGAGGAGUUCACUGGUACCUUCAAGUCGAUUCCCGCGGCCACCAAGAAGACUGUCCUCUCGGUCGUCGGUGACGUGGGCAGUGACGUGGUUGGUGAUACCAUCGCCAACAUGGCGAGCGACCUCAAGGGCACCAAGCCGGAUGCGGUCAUCAUUGCUGGCGACUGGUCGUACGCCAACGGCUGCCACGAAGACUGGGACAAGUGGCUCCAGGAGACGCAGCCGCUCUUCUCCAAGGUGCCCCUUCUCGGCAUCACGGGCAACCACGAGGUGAUCCAGGGUGACGGCGUCAACUACGACCACCCCGAGUGCGACUCGGAGUACUUUUCCGCGUACAUCAACCGCAUUGUGACGCCGAUCUCGGCUGACGCUUCCAAGGACCACCGCACGUGGUACUCGAAGAACAUUGGCAACAUCCACGCCAUCUUCCUCGACGACUACACGGGUGUCCUUGGCAAGAACAACAUUGGCUCGGAGUAUUGGUUUGCGCACCGCAACCAGCAGCUCGACUGGCUCAAGAAGGACCUUGCGAGCGUUAACCGUGAAGCGACGCCGUACACGAUCGUCUUCAAGCACAACGCGUACUACAACUCGUGGCUCAAGCACCAGUGCCAAUGCUCGCCCAUCAAGUUUGAGAUCCCGGACCCCGAGUCGUGCUGGAAGGGCAACUACUACAUGAACUCGACCAACGACGGCGGCAAGCUCGGCGACGUCCGCAAGCAGCCCCACUGCAGUCUCCAGGCCAAGUUUGAGGACCUCUACUACCAGCACGGUGUCGACGCCGUCAUGUCGGGCCACGUCCACUCGUACGAGCGCACGGCGCCAGUGUUUAAAAACAAAAUCACGGAAGGUGCUCCGACGUACUUUACGGUCGGCACGGGCGGCCACGGUCUCUACCAGGGCGCGAUCAAGCCGAUUCCCGAGUGGUCCAAGUCCAUGUCGAGCUCGCUCUACGGCCACGCGCGUGUGAUUGCCGACGAUGACAAGUUGACCAUCCACUUCCGUGCCAACGGCGAGACGACGACCAUGUUUGACUCGGUCGAGAUCAAGCGCCGCGCCAAGCCCGCGUGCUAAGUCCACGUCAAGGUGUCUGGUGCGAUUAGGGUUGCUCUUGCGGACUAUGAAUUCGUCGAUGUUUUGUGUCUUGAAC